AUGCGCCGAGACGACUUCGACCGCAGGCGUCUUCGCGACUUGUACGACCGGAACGUGCGCCGCGUCCGGGCACUUGCUGAAGCGCGGGAUCAACGAAGAAGUGACAGGGAAGAUGAUCUCCCAGCACCACGUCGCUACCUUGUCAGUGAGCGCCGGACACGGCUUGAGGGUUUCGGGUAUGGUGACCGCCAGGUCCGCAGAAGCCGCCGUUCCCGAGAUGGGGAACGUAGCCGACGCUUCAGCGACCGGCGCCUCUUCCGACGCAGUGCUGCGGACCGCUUUGCGCGGGAUGAGGACAUUGAGCGGCAGCUGCGUCGCGAGCGGAGGGAACGUUUGCUCCGCCUGGAACGACUUGAACGACUCGAGCGCUUGGAGCGCCGUGAUCGUCUGCGUGAGCGGUUGCCUCUGCGCGGCGGAGUGGCCAUGGGCCGUCUUCGUCGGCGUCUGGUGGAAGGGAGGCGACGCAGACUUCAACGCGAGAACGACCGCCAGCGGCCCCAGCAGCAACCUCAGCGCAGGAAACUGGAUGACGAACUGUUACAACGUACCAACCGCUCCUCCCGUGGAGGCAACAACUCCGCACACAAUAAAAAAGAAGGGGCUCGCAGAAGUGGGCCCAUGACGCGCGAGGGUCUUGAUGAGCAGUUGGAUCGGUUCCGAGGGGCGGCUUGA